GGGCUCGCCGAGCGCAAGAGGUGUCCUAGAAGACGCACUGCGAGACUGCUCCAGCCUGAGAACUCCGGUCCUGCUGCGGAGUCGAGUGGUGGCGGAGGACGGACGGUUUGUUUCGAGAACCGAGCGGGGCACACCCGGAAGUGGCGCCGUACGGGAGCUGCGCCGCCGCCGUGGGCGGGUGCCAGGUACCGAGAGGAGGAGGAGACGCCACGGUACUCUCUGGCCAUCUGACUUUGACUCCCCUGUACCUUAAAGGAUGCUGGAGUCAUACGUGACUCCAAUUUUAAUGAGCUAUGUGAAUCGCUACAUCAAGAACUUAAAGCCAUCAGACCUACAGCUUUCACUAUGGGGUGGAGACGUGGUUCUCAGCAAGCUCGAGUUAAAGUUGGAUGUGCUGGAGCAGGAACUGAAAUUACCAUUCACUUUUUUAAGUGGACAUAUACAUGAACUGAGGAUCCAUGUACCAUGGACAAAACUGGGUUCAGAACCAGUGGUAAUUACCAUCAAUACAAUGGAAUGCAUUUUGAAACUUAAAGAUGGAAUACAGGAUGACCAUGAAAGCUGUGGUUCUAAUUCUACCAACCAUAGUACUACUGAGAAUACAAAGUCAUCAGUAAAACCCCGAAGAAUUCAGCAGGCUGCUCCCACAGAUCCUGAUUUGCCACCAGGUUAUGUACAGAGUCUGAUUAGACGAGUUGUAAAUAAUGUAAAUAUUGUGAUAAAUAAUCUCAUACUAAAAUAUGUUGAAGAUGAUAUUGUUCUUUCAGUCAACAUUACUUCUGCAGACUGCUAUACAGUGGGUGAAUUAUGGGAUCGUGCAUUCAUGGAUAUUUCUGCAACUGAUCUGGUGCUGAGAAAGGUUAUCAAUUUUUCCGACUGUACAGUUUGUCUUGAUAAACGAAAUGCUAGUGGUAAAAUAGAAUUUUACCAGGACCCUUUGUUAUACAAAUGUUCCUUCAGAACUCGUCUACAUUUUACAUAUGAUAACCUAAAUUCCAAGAUGCCAUCUGUUAUAAAAAUUCAUACCUUAGUAGAGAGUUUGAAGCUUUCUAUCACUGAUCAACAGUUGCCUAUGUUUAUCCGUAUAAUGCAACUUGGGAUUGCUCUUUACUAUGGAGAAAUAGGAAACUUUAAAGAUGGAGAAACAGACGAUUCUAUCUGUCACAAUAAAGAUAUGUUAGGAAAUAUUACAGGUACAGAAGAUGAAACAAGAAUAGAUAUGCAGUAUCCGGCUCAGUACAAAGGCCAAGAGCUGUAUUCACAGCAGGAGGAUGAGCAGCCACAGGGAUGGGUAUCAUGGGCGUGGUCAUUUGUGCCUGCAAUUGUGAGUUAUGAUGAUGGUGAAGAAGACUACCUUGGGAAUGAUCCUACAUCAACCACACAUCAACAAAAAACACAGACUUUGAAGGAUCCUAUUGUUUCUAUAGGAUUUUAUUGUACAAAGGCAACUGUGACUUUCAAACUCACUGAAAUGCAAGCCGAGAGUAGUUAUUACAGCCCUCAAAAAGUAAAAUCUAAAGAAGUAUUGUGCUGGGAACAAGAAGGAACUACAGUUGAGGCCCUUAUGAUGGGAGAGCCUUUCUUUGAUUGCCAGAUUGGUUUUGUAGGUUGCAGAGCCGUGUGCCUUAAAGGAAUUAUGGGUGUUAAAGAUUUUGAAGAGAAUAUGAAUAGAACUGAAACCGAAGCCUGUUUCUUCAUUUGUGGUGAAAAUUUGAGUUUAAAAGGUUUGACAUACCUCACAAAUUCAUUAUUUGAUUACCGAAGCCCAGAAAAUAAUGGGACUCGUGCAGAAUUUAUCUUGGAUGCAGCUAAUCAUAAGGAGACAUACACUGAGAUAGCUGGAAUGCAAAGGUUUGGGGCUUUUUACAUGGAUUACCUGUAUACAAUGGAGAAUGCCAGUGGCAAAGGUUCUGCAAAUCAACAAGACUUUUCUUCAGGGAAAAGUGAAGAUUUGGGGACAGUUCAGGAAAAGUCUACCAAAAGUCUUGUUAUAGGUCCUCUUGAUUUUCGCUUGGAUAGCAGUGCAGUACAUAGAAUUUUAAAAAUGAUUGCCUGUGCACUGGAACAUGAAUAUGAACCAUAUAGCCGACUGAAGCCAGAUAUUAAGGAUGAAAAUGAAACAAUGCGGAAUCCUGAGGAAGUAGCAUCUUUGGAGGAAUAUAUUCCUACUCGACAUACAAGUGUUACUCUCCUCAAAUGUACAUGCACAAUUUUCAUGGCUGAAUUCAACUUGCUGGACCAUUUGCUACCUGUCAUUAUGGGAGAAAAGAACUCAAGUAACUUCAUGAAUACUACAAACUUCCAGUCUGUUCGGCCUUUGCCAUCGAUUCAGAUACUGGUGGAUAAAAUUAAUCUGGAACAUUCUGUGCCAAUGUACGCGGAACAGUUGGUGCAUGUGGUUAGCAGCCUUACUCAGCCUUCUGAUAAUCUGCUUCAUUAUUGCUAUGCACAUUGCUACCUUAAGAUAUUUGGUUUCCAGGCAGGACUGACGUCUUUGGAUUGUAGGGGAUCUUACUGCUUACCUGUUCCCAUUAUUCCCUCUUUCAGCACUGCUCUUUAUGGUAAACUUCUUAAACUACCCACAUGCUGGACCAAAAGGUCUCAGAUUGCUAUAACUGAAGGUAUAUUUGAACUUCCAAAUCUCACAAUUCAAGCUACAAGAGCACAGACACUUCUGCUUCAAGCAAUAUAUCAAAGUUGGUCUCAUAUUGGAAAUAUCAGCUCUUCAGCAGUGAAUGAAGCUUUGAUGAAUGAAGUUUUCCAAACUAUAGGUGUGAAAUCUAAGAAUCCCCUGCCAACUCUUGAGGGCUCAAUCCAGAAUGUUGAAUUGAAGUACUGCAGCACAUCAUUGGUCAAAUGUGCCUCUGGGACCAUGGGAUCAAUAAAAAUUUGUGCCAAAGCCCCAGGUGACAGUGGAAAAGAGAAAUUAAUUCCAUUGCUUCAGGGUCCUUCUGACACUAAAGACCUUCAUAGCAGCAAGUGGCUCAAUGAGAGUAGAAAGCCAGAAUCUCUCUUAGCUCCAGAUCUGAUAGCCUUCACAGUCCAAGUUCCGCAGUAUAUGGACUACUGCCACAGUUCCGGUGCUAUGCUUCUUUGUAGUGUACAAGGACUAGCAGUUAAUAUUGACCCUAUCUUAUACACUUGGCUCAUUUAUCAACCUCAGAAACGAACCAGCAAACAUAUGCCACAGCAGCCUGUGAUAGCUGUUCCUCUUGUUAUGCCAAUUAGCAGAAGGAAGGAGGAUGAAGUGUCUGUUGGAAGUGCACCCCUGGCAAAGCAACAGUCUUAUCAGGCCUCUGAAUAUGCCAGCAGCCCUAUAAAAACAAAAACAGUAACAGAGUCCAGACCAUUGUCAGUUCCUGUGAAAGCCAUGCUGAAUAUAUCUGAAGGCUGUAGAAGUCCUGAGGAAAGAAUGAAAGAAUUCAUUGGAGUGGUGUGGAAUGCAGUAAAAAGUCUCACACUGCAGCUUGAAGUACAGUCUUGUUGUGUGUUCGUCCCAAAUGAUAGCUUGCCUUCCCCAAGCACAAUUGUAUCUGGUGACAUUCCUGGAACAGUAAGAAGUUGGUACCAUGGACAAACCAGCAUGCCAGGAACGCUUGUCCUCUGUUUGCCGCAAAUAAAGAUUGUUAGUGCUGGCCACAAGUACAUGGAACCUCUGCAGGACAUUCCAUUUGUCAUCCCACGACCCAUCCUUGAAGAAGGUGAUGCUUUUCCUUGGACUAUCAGUUUGCAUCAUUUCAGCAUUUAUACCCUCUUUGGAAAACAGCUGACACUUUGCCUCGUGGAACCUAUGGGUUGUACCUCUACUCUAGCUGUUACAUCUCAAAAACUACUCGCUACAGGACCUGAUACGAGGCAUUCAUUUGUUGUCUGUCUGCAUGUUGACCUAGAGUCACUUGAGAUAAAAUGCUCGAACCCCCAGGUGCAGCUCUUGUACGAGCUAGCUGAUAUCAUGAAUAAAGUCUGGAAUAAGAUUCAGAAGAGAGGCAAUCCCAGCCCUUCUUCAGCUUACCCGGAGGCCGUGGCAGGGCCUGUGCCUGGUUCCCCAGUUAGGAGCAGCAUAGGCACAGCUCCUCCGGACACCAGCACGUGCAGCCCGUCUGCUGACAUUGGGACUACUACUGAGGGAGAUUCUGUUCAAGCAGUUGAUGAUUCACCGUUCUCGGAUUCUGUUACCUUGGAACAAACUACAAGUAACAUUGGUGGAUCCAGUGGACGUGUUAGUCUGUGGAUGCAGUGGGUGCUGCCCAAAAUUACUAUAAAGCUCUUUGCUCCAGAUCCUGAAAAUAAAGGCACAGAGCUUUGUGUGGUCAGUGAACUGGAAGACCUCAGUGCUUCCAUAGAUGUCCAGGAUGUUUACACUAAAGUGAAAUGUAAAAUAGAAAGUUUCAAUAUUGAUCACUAUAGAAGCAGCCUUGGGGAAGAGUGUUGGUCUCUGGGGCAAUGUGGAGGUGUCUUCCUUUCCUGUACUGACAAGCUGAACAGACGCACCUUGUUGGUUCGACCCAUCAGCAAGCAGGACCCUUUCAGUAAUUGCUCUGGCUUCUUUCCUUCUACGACUGCAAAACUUCUAGAUGGCUCUCAUCAGCAGCAUGGAUUUCUCUCUUUGACAUACACAAAAGCUGUAACAAAAAAUGUCCGCCACAAGUUAACAUCAAGAAGUGAGCGAAGAAGUUUUUAUAAGUUAUCUGAAGGUUUAACAGAUGGUUCCCCUCAUUUUCUUCAUGAAAUACUUCUUUCAGCACAAGCUUUUGAUGUUGUCCUUUGUUUUCCUCUACUUAAUGCCAUUGCAAGUAUAUUUCAAGCAAAACUACCAAGGACCCAAAAAGAGAAAAGAAAAUCUCCCGGUCAGCCCAUGAGGACCCAUACUCUGACUUCACGCAAUUUGCCUUUGAUUUAUAUCAACACAAGUGUAAUCAGAAUUUUUGUUCCAAAAACAGAAGAAACGCAGCCAAAUAUUGAAGUUAAUCAGGCAGCCAAAGAAGACACUAUGGUUUUGAAGAUUGGCUCUGUUGCUAUGGCUCCCCAGGCUGACAAUCCCCUUGGCCGAUCUGUCCUCAGGAAAGAUAUUUACCAGAGAGCCUUGAACUUAGGAAUUCUUCGAGACCCUGGGUCAGAAAUUGAAGAUAGACAAUACCAAAUAGACCUGCAGUCCAUCAACAUUGGUACUGCGCAGUGGGAUCAACUAAAACCAGAGAAGGAAAGUGGCACAGGAGGGGUGCUAACAGAAAGUGAAAGAAAUUCUCAAAAUCCAGCCCUGGAGUGGAAUAUGGCCAGCAGCAUACGACGGCAUCAGGAAAGAAGAGCAAUUUUGACUCCCAUUUUAAUGGAUUUUUCUGUUCGAAUAACUGGAGCACCUGCCAUCAUUUUCACCAAAAUAAUUUCUCUGGAAAAUAUGCACACUGAGGAGAUUUUAGUAUGUGGCCAUUCCUUGGAAGUUAAUAUAACCACAAACCUGGAUUUCUUCCUAAGUGUGGCUCAGGUUCAGCUCUUACAUCAGUUAAUAGUAGCAAAUGUGACUGGACUGGAACCAUCAAGCAAAGCCACAGAGAUCUCUAAGCAAGAACAGAAGAAAACGGAUACAUUUGAUGGAAGCAUGGCUGAAACUUCGUCUCGGUACAGUGGUGCUCAGGAUAGUGGAAUUGGCAGUGACAGCGUUAAAAUCAGGAUAGUGCAAAUAGAGCAGCACAGUGGUACCAGUCAGCAUCGCAUUGCCCGCCCCUCCCGCCAGUCAUCAAUUGUGAAAAACCUAAAUUUUAUUCCUUUUGACAUAUUUAUUACUGCAAGUAGAAUCUCACUGAUGACCUAUUCCUGUACGGCCUUACCCUCAUCGAAAUCGCAAGAGCAAAAGGAUAAUGAAAAAACAGGCAAGAGUUCAUUAAAUCUCCCAGAAGUUGAUUCAGAUGUUGCUAAGCCCAGCCAAGCAUGUAUUUCCAUGGUAACAGCAGAAGAUCUCUUAAGCAGCAGCGUAUCUUUUCCUUCGGGAAAAAUUGGGGUCAUCUCCCUUGAAAGUCUUCACGCAUCCGCAAGGUCAUCUGCUAGACAGGCACUUGGCAUAACUAUCGUUCGGCAGCCUGGGCGAAGAGGAGCCGGUGACUUGCAGCUAGAACCGUUUUUGUACUUUAUUGUGUCCCAGCCUUCUUUGCUUCUGAGUUGUCACCACAGAAAGCAGCGAGUGGAAAUAUCUAUUUUUGAUGCUGUGCUUAAAGGGGUGGCUUCUGAUUACAAAUGUACAGAUCCUGGAAAGACUCUGCCUGAAGCUCUUGAUUAUUGCACAGUUUGGCUGCAGACAGUGCCUGGAGAAAUAGACAGCAAAAGUGGUAUUCCACUUUCCCUUGUAACGCUGCAAGUUAAAGACUUUCUUAAUGGACCAGCAGACAUCAACUUGGAUAUAUCAAAACCUUUGAAAGCAAACCUGAGUUUUACCAAGCUGGACCAGGUAAACCAUUUUUUACAGAAGAUAAAAAGUGCACAAAGCAAAGAGACCUCAGCUCUGUCAGACACCACGCUGAGUAAGGAUGAGCUUCCAGCCUCCACAUGCUACCGUGGAAAGUUGUCUAAACUGAAAGUUCAUGGUGAUGGAGCACAAAACAUUCCAUUUCAAGAAAACGUGUGGAGAACUGUUUCCUGCUUUCAGAAGAUUUCUGUUCAUACUACUCAGAUUGUGGUCUCCAUGGAAACUGUCCCUCAUCCAAAUAAACCAUGCCUGUUAGCAUCCUUAUCAACACUCGACGGAAGCCUUAACAUCAAAGCAGCACAAAAAGUACCUGGUUUAAUUAUUGGGUCAUCAUUUCUACUCACUGUAAAUGAUCUUCUUCUGAAAACAAGUCUCAAAGAAAGAAGUCGGAUUCUAAUAGGACCAUGUUGUGCUACUGCCAAUCUGGAAGCUAAAUGGUGUAAACACAGUGGCAAUCCAGGCCCAGAACAGUCCGUACCAAAAAUAUCCAUUGAUUUAAGAGGAGGUCUGCUACAGGUUUUCUGGGGUCAAGAACAUUUGAAUUGCCUAGUUCUUCUACAUGAAUUACUCAAAGGAUAUCUUAACGAGGAGGGAAAUUUUGAAGUGCAAGUUUCUGAAGCAAUGCCACAGAUGCCGUCUCCUCUGGAAAAGAAUCAGAUGUUUAAAAGUGAACAAAGUUCAGACGACCUGCGGACUGGUCUAUUUCAGUACAUACGAGAUGCUGAACCUUUGAAAAUGCCUGGUGUCUAUGAAGUCUUGUUUUACAAUGAAACUGAAGACAGCCCGGGCAUGAUGUUAUGGAGAUACCCGGAACCACGCGUGCUCACCCUUGUGCGGAUAACCCCUGUGCCCUUCAACACCACAGAGGAUCCGGAUAUUAGCACAGCAGACCUUGGCGAUAUGCUCCAGAUUCCCUGUAGUUUGGAAUACUGGGAUGAACUCCAGAAGGUUUUUGUUGCAUUUCGAGAAUUUAGCCUGUCUGAAAGCAAAGUUUGUGAACUGCAGUUGCCAGAUGUCAAUCUUGUGAAUGACCAGAAGAAACUGGUGUCCUCGGACCUUUGGAGAAUUGUCUUGAACAGCAGCCAAAAUGGAGCUGAUGACCAAAGCUCUGCAAGUGAAUCUGGUUCCCAAAGCACUUGCGACCAACUUGUAACUCCAACAGCUCUGGCUGCCUGUACCCGAGUUGACUCCUGUUUUACACCAUGGUUUGUCCCAUCUCUUUGCAUUUCCUUCCAGUUUGCUCACCUGGAGUUCCAUCUUUGUCAUCACCUUGAUCAGCUAGGCACAGCUCCGCCACAAUACCUCCAGCCAUUUAUUUCUGAUAAAAAUGUGCCAUCUGAACUAGAAUACAUGAUUAUUUCCUUCAGAGAACCACACAUGUAUCUUCGACAAUGGAACAAUAAUUCUGUCUGUCAGGAGAUCCAGUUCUCAGCUCAAACAGACUGUAAACUUCUAGAGUGCAGAAAUGUUACGAUGCAAAGCGUGGUAAAACCCUUCAGCAUCUUUGGACAGAUUGCAGUUUCCAGCAAUGCUGUAGAAAAGCUGAUUGACUCCACCAUCAUGGUUGACUCUGUAUUUGUAAACUUUGGGCAACAUGUGGUUCAUUCUCUAAACACUGCAGUACAAGCUUGGCAACAGAACAAAUGCCCUGAGGUAGAGGAGUUGGUCUUCAGCCAUUUUGUGAUCUGUAAUGACACACAGGAGACACUGCGGUUUGGCCAGGUGGACACCGAUGAAAAUGUUCUGCUGGCCAGUCUCCAUAGUCACCAGUACAGCUGGCGCUCUCACAAAUCCCCACAGCUGUUACACAUCUGCAUUGAAGGCUGGGGCAAUUGGCGCUGGUCAGAGCCCUUCAGUGUGGACCAUGCUGGGACGUUUAUUAGAACUAUUCAGUACAAGGGUCGUACUGCUUCGCUCAUCAUCAAGGUCCAGCAACUCAGUGGAGUACAAAAACAGAUUAUCAUCUGUGGAAGACAGAUCAUCUGUAGUUACUUGUCUCAAAGUAUAGAACUAAAAGUUGUUCAGCAUUACAUUGGUCAAGAUGGACAAGCUGUGGUUCGAGAACAUUUUGAUUGCCUCACAGCCAAACAGAAACUGCCUUCAUACAUCCUAGAAAACAGUGAACUGACUGAGUUGUGUGUGAAGGCCAAAGGAGAUGAAGACUGGUCGAGAGACGUGUGCCUGGAAUCCAAGGACCCUGAGUAUAGCAUUGUCAUUCAGGUGCCAUCUUCAAACAGUUCCAUUAUUUAUGUUUGGUGCACAGUUUUGACUUUAGAACCCAAUUCUCAAGUGCAACAGCGAAUGAUUGUGUUCAGCCCUCUUUUUAUCAUGAGGAGUCAUCUUCCAGACCCCAUUAUCAUACAUUUGGAGAAAAGGAGUCUGGGAUUGAGUGAAACACAAAUUAUUCCAGGAAAAGGACAGGAAAAACCACUGCAAAACAUAGAACCUGACCUUGUACAUCACCUGACAUUUCAAGCAAGAGAAGAAGAUGACCCUUCACAUUGUGCUGUUCCCAUUUCAACAUCUCUCAUUAAGCAAAUAGCCACCAAGAUACACCCUGGAGGCACACUUAAUCAGAUCCUUGAUGAAUUCUACGGGCCAGAAAAGUCCCUUCAACCUGUGUGGCCCUAUAAUAAAAAGGACGCUGACAGGAAUGAACAGCUGAGUCAGUGGGACAGCCCGAUGCGAGUGAGGCUGUCAGCCUGGAAGCCGUAUGUGAGGACCUUGUUGAUAGAGCUGCUCCCCUGGGCCCUGCUCAUCAAUCAGUCCACGUGGGACCUCUGGCUGUUUGAAGGAGAGAAGAUUGUUCUGCAGGUUCCUGCUGGCAAAAUUAUUAUCCCUCCUAAUUUUCAGGAAGCUUUUCAAAUUGGAAUAUACUGGGCAAAUACAAACACUGUGCACAAGUCAGUAGCAAUUAAACUGGUCCAUAACCUGACGUCUCCCAAGUGGAAAGAUGGAGGUAAUGGUGAAGUUGUGUCAUUGGACGAAGAAGGGUUUGUUGAUGCUGAAAUCAGACUUGGUGCUUUCCCAGGACAUCAGAAGUUAUGUCAGUUCUGCGUUUCCUCCAUGGUGCAGCAAGGUAUACAGAUCAUUCAGAUUGAAGACAAGACUACAAUAAUCAAUACCACGCCGUAUCAGAUAUUUUAUAAACCACAGUUAUCUGUCUCCAAACCCCACUCUGGAAAGGAGUAUUUUCAUGUUCCAGACAGCACUACUUUCAGCGUUUGCCCGGGUGGUGAGCCACCUGCUGUGACAUCCAGCUCCCUCCCUUGCUGGGACUUAAUGCCUGACAUCAGUCAGUCAGCGUUGGAUGCAUCCCUGCUUCAGAAACAGAUCUUGCUGGCUUUUUCCGCUGCCGCAGCUGCCGGCAGCUCACAGUGUUGGAGCCUGCCAGCUCUGGUCAGACCAGAGUUUCCCAGACAGAGUGUGGCCGUGCCUUUCGGGAAUUGUAGGGAAAAUGGAUUCUGCACCAGGGCGGUAGCACUGACGUAUCAGGAACACUUGGGGGUGACCUAUCUAACCCUCUCCGAAGACCCUAAUCCUCGAAUAAUCUUCCACAACAGAUGCCCAGUAACAAUACUUAUAAAGGAAAAUAUUAAAGAUAUUCCAAAGUUUGAGGUGUAUUGCCGAAGAGUUCCUCCUGAGUGCUCAAUCCAUCAUGAGCUGUAUCAUCAGAUUUCCAGUUACCCAGACUGCAGGACCAGAGACAUACUUCCUAGCCUCCUUCUGAGAGUGGAAUUGCCGGAGGGAAUAACGACCGAGUGGAGUGAUGCCGUCGACAUCAACCAUCAGGGAACACAGGUUGUGUUUCUGACUGGCUUUGGCUAUGUCUAUGUGGACAUUGCCCACCAAUGUGGCACAGCCUUCAUCACAGUGGCCCCAGAAGGAAAAGCUGGACCUAUUUUAACUAAUACCAACAGAACUCUGGAGAAGAUCAUGAUAUUUAAAAUGUUCAUCACUCAGUUGAGCCUGGCGGUGUUUGAUGACCUCACCCACCACAAAGCAUCAUCUGAACUUCUGAGACUCACACUGGACAAUGUUUUUCUCCAGAUGACCCCAGGGGCUGGUCACCUCCCUGGGGAAGAGACGGCCGCAGCCCUCUUCCACCUUUACUGUGUCGAGGUCUGCUGUGGGGACCUGCAGGUGGACAACCAGCUGUACGACAAGUCCAGUUUCCACUUCGCUGUCUUGGUCUGCCGGGGGGAGAAGACAGAAGCCGCUCACAGUUUCAAGAUGCAGAAUCUCCUUGUAUCCAGCAAAGAUUUGGAAGAAUACAAGAAAAAUUGUUUUAUCAAACUUUGCCUCACCUUAACUGAGGGCAAGAGCUUCUUAUUUGAUAUUAAUGAGUUCAGUUUUGAAUUGAAACCCGCCCGGUUAUAUGUGGAAGAUACCUUUGUCUACUACAUCAAAACUUUGUUUGAGACCUACCUCCCUAGCAGCUCGAUGCACUACGCCGCAGGGGCCCUCUUCAGAGCAGGCUGGGUGGUUGGAUCCCUGGAAAUCCUCGGCAGCCCGGCGAGUUUGGUGCGAAGCAUCGGGAACGGGAUCGCCGACUUCUUCCGGCUUCCGUACGAGGGGCUGACCCGGGGCCCCGGAGCCUUUGUGAGCGGAGUUUCCAGAGGGACGACAUCAUUUGUGAAGCACAUUUCCAAAGGUACCCUCACCUCCAUCACCAACCUGGCCACGAGCCUGGCCCGGAACAUGGACCGGCUCUCGCUGGAUGAGGAGCACUACAGCCGGCAGGAGGAGUGGCGGCGCCAUCUCCCGGAGAGCCUGGGCGAGGGGCUCCGGCAGGGCCUGUCCCGGCUGGGCAUCAGCCUGCUCGGUGCAAUUGCUGGUAUCGUCGAUCAGCCAAUGCAGAACUUCCAGAAAACAUCGGAGGCGCAGGCUUCAGCAGGACACAAGGCCAAGGGUGUUAUCUCGGGCGUGGGGAAAGGAAUCAUGGGGGUGUUCACCAAGCCCAUCGGCGGGGCUGCUGAGCUCGUGUCGCAGACUGGCUACGGUAUUUUACACGGAGCUGGACUUUCUCAGCUCCCCAAACAGCGCUAUCAGCCAAGUGAUCUGCCUGCUGACCAGGCUCCAAAUAGCCACGUCAAAUACGUCUGGAAAAUGCUUCAGUCUCUGGGCAGACCAGAAGUCCACAUGGCCCUGGAUGUGGUUCUGGUGAGGGGCUCAGGCCAGGAGCACGAAGGGUGCUUGCUGCUGACGUCGGAAGUGCUCUUCGUGGUGAGUGUCAGUGAGGACACCCAGCAACAGGCUUUCCCCGUCACAGAGAUCGACUGUGCACAGGACAGCAAGCAAAGCAACCUGCUCAUCGUGCAGCUCAAGCAGCCAAGAAUGGCCUGUGAUGUGGAGGUGGACGGAGCUCGAGAGAGACUGUCAGAGCAACAGUAUAACAGACUUGUGGACUACAUCACAAAGACAUCUUGUCACCUGGCCCCCAGCUGCUCUUCCAUGCAGACACCUUGCCCUGUGGUGGCUGUGGAACCUCUCCCCUCCACUGUGAAAUCAUACCAUUAUAUGGUUGAUCCACAUUUUGCCCAAGUCUUCAUUAGUAAAUUUACCAUGGUGAAAAAUAAAGCCCUGAGGAAAGGGUUCCCUUGAGCCCCCUCUGAAGUGUUGAUUCCUGCUUGUUUCUUUUUGGAAAAGAAACCUAACGAGUUUUUUAGGGUUUCUAACGUCUAAUGCAGACACAAGGACAACACUGUUCUAUAGUUAUAGUGAUCUAGCCUCUAAAAUGAAUUCUGAUUUUUCCUUUUCCCUAAAACUAAGAUACUUUAAAAUGGAGUGAGCAAAAAAGAAAAACUUCCUUUCCUGAUUAACAGAAUCCUGAUUAACAGAAUCCUUAGUUUUAUCACAAGUAGAAAAUGCAUUCCUUCUUGCUCUGGUAUUUGCUAAAAUCUCAACUAUAAUUAAGAUGUGUUAACUCUGUUCUAACACAAAAGUUAGGCCUUAGAAUGGUGACAGAUUAAAACUUCACACCCAGUUGCAUCUGUUUUUAGGCUAAGACAUCACCUUUAACACCCCUGUAUGAAAAGAUUUAAAUUCUUUAAAUGAAAUUAAGUGCUUAGGAUUCUGUUUACCUUGUUAAAAUUGUUACCUAAAUGUGAUGCUGUUCUUUUAAGUGAAAGCUGACAUGUAUAGUCCUACUCUACAUUCUGCAUUUUACUGAAAUUUAUAAAACAUUCUGAUGACUGUCCAGGUGCGUUUUGGAAAAAAUGUUUUUGUUUUUCUAGUUUGUUUUACUAGGCAAGCUUGGAGUAAAUCUUUUGUGUCUGCUGAUAAAAACAGACCCAGAAUGCUCAGGUGAGUUUAUCUUAUACUCCAAUUAAAACACAUUUUUACUCAUUACAUUGAAACUUGGGCCUUCAACCUGACAUAUACAAUUGUGAGAUGCUAAGAAAAUUAAAUUUCAAAUGCCCACAUUAACUUUCUUUACCUUAGACAUCACAUGCUAUUGAGCGUAAGAAGUAACUACAUAGUUGUUUCUAGAAUGUAAGACUGUUAAUAGACAAUUCAGGCUGAAUGAAUAUGAAAAAAAAAAAGUGGUUUGUCCAUUACUUGUAUCAUACUCAUUUAAGAAAGUUUAAAGUUUUGUCAACCUGAAGAGUAAAACUAUUUUUAAGAAUGUAAAUAUGUAUUCUUGUAUCUUUUAUGGUAAUUUUGCAUAUUACUUCUAAAAAUUGUUAAAAAUAAAAAGAAUCCUUGAA